AUGGCCGAAUUAUUAGAAAAUAGAGGAGAAAAGGCUUAUCAAAGUCUUCUUCAGCAAUUGCAUAUAGUUGGAUUUGUGCGGGUCUUAUGUCUAUCGCGAGAAAUAGAGUGUUUUGCAGCCGUGUUCAUGUUUUUAGGUCUUUUGGAGAAACAACUUGUUAAGUAUGAGGUUAUUUGGGAGGCCAAUGAAGGAUCAGAAACUGGUGAUUUUGAAGUACUGAUUGGUCCUGGGCCUAAGAUAAAGAAUGGUGCUAUUAUAACUGAUGUUCCUGUUAAGGCUGGUGGUGGGGUAAUUGUGAUUAAUGAGGAGAGAUUGGAAAGGGCCAUGUUUAAGUUGGGAAAAUAUAGUGGGCAUUUGAGUUCUGAUUUGUUAUGGGGUAUUUGCAUUAGUUUGUAUGCUGAUCCGGAACGGCCGGAAAGGAGUCUUUGGAGUGGGUGUGUGCGCAGUAGUAUUGGACUGGACGAGUCGAGUGAGGGGAGGGGCGAGAGUGAGGACGAAUUAAGUGAGAGUAAAGGAGAUGUGCACGAGUUGGGAGGGUUGCGGACGGGGACGCCUUUUAUUCGAGAGAUUGAAGUUGAAAUAGAACGGCUGGGACAGCAACAAUCAGAAAAGCGAAUGAUUGAGAUUACACGAGAGAUUUAUUUCCCUUUUGGGCAGUGGCUGACUCUUUACGAGUCUUUGUCUCUGGACAUGGGUACAAUUGAGGAUUUAGGACUCUUCUUUCGCCGCAAGGCACAUAGUAGUCGGGCACUGAGUCAGUCGGAGUAUGCUCUCAAUCAGUUUUUGGCAAAGCUAGGUGUAUCUGUUGCAGCUGCGCAGAGUGCAUCGGUGCAUAACUUAGUGGGGCCGGUGCAGAAGAUUAUUCAGCGGGCCAUUCAGCCACGCAGUGUUUACGUACGGCACUAUGAGUACAACUUACGGGUGUCCCAAGUAGAGGCUUUCUUUGCGAUUUGUGGGUUAGUUCGCAAGAAGAAGUACAUUGAGGCUCUGUUUGCUUUUCGGGACACCAAGCACCUUAAUACUUCUUUGGGGCAGCAAGUAUAUCGGCGGAUGAUCCAGAGCAUUAAAGACGGGUUUGCCCAGAGAAAGGUGUUGCGCCAUGAUGAGCUAGAUGUUGUGCUUAUUCCUAAAGGCGCGCUGACAUUCAAAUCCAUGGACGAGAUAAGUAUCAUGAAAGAGGUCUUUGUAAAUAUAUGCCGAUUGUGUAGAUACAAGGCGCCACAGAAACAGACAAUCAUGGUGGCGUAUGCUGAAGAGCAGAGUACCUACCGCGUCUUUUAUCAAACAGCCGAGCCUAUUAUCUGGGUAGACACCAAGGAAGAGAGAUUGUUGGAGCAGAUCAAGGAAGUUGUCCAGCAAUUAGAAAGUGCCAUUUAA